AUGAAUUAUUUGAAUGGGUUAUGUUUAUUUUACUUGUAUUUCAAUGAAUUUCUAAAAUUAAUUUUGGCAUUCACGCCUACAAAUACAGUUUGGGGACAUAACGCUGUUCUUGCUGAUUCUAAAAUAUACUUUACAGGUGGACUGAUUCCAAAUCCAACAGAUUGGAAGACUCUUCGUAAUUUUCAUAGUUAUGCUACACAAUCUAAAGAGUUUUAUUAUUUAGAUGUAUCAAAACAUUUUAAAUUAAAUGAGGGUGUAAUGCCUUGGGUGGAUCUUAGUUCUGUGUCAGGAAUUCCUCCAUCACAUUCUUGGAGCUCAUUUUCACUUUGUGGACCUGAUACUUUAGUGAUGUUUGGUGGAGAUUUUGGUUCUACACAUAUCAGCAAUUCAGUUUUCAUUUAUGAUAUCAAAACACAGAAAUGGAACAACCCAACAACUACCAAUCAACCUUAUAAUAAAUUUAGUCGUUCUGUUUGUGACUUGAAGACUGGAAAAAUGUAUAUAUUUCCUGAUCGUUACUAUGGAAAUCUGAUGAUUAACAUUUUGGAUACAAUAACAUUAACAUGGAGAGUUUUUUCUAAUUAUGAUUAUUUCACACAUGGAAUACUUGAUUAUACUGUCACUUUAUUACCAAAUGGUAACAUUGCUUAUAUAGGAGGUAUUGAUCAUCAUAAUUCACCAGCAACGAGGAUGUCAAAG